AUUGGUCUCACUGGAGGCGUGGGAGAUUUGCGGCACAUCAAAGAUAGUGACCAGAACCUUGAUUGUAGUGAUCGAGGGGACGAUGAGGAUGAUGAGACUCGAGUCGCGAAAGAACGAUUGGCCAUUGGGUCAUUAAACAUGGAUGAUGAUACGCCCGAGCUUCAAAAAUUAUCAUUGAACCAUAGUAACAGCAAUGGAUCAAGAGCUGGACGUUUCCUGGGCGACAAUCGAUCCUAUGUUCAUCAACCAGCCAUCAGUGGUGCAAGAACAAUAGGUGGUGCUAACUCUUCAACCAGGUCUCAACAGAAUGCAGUAUACAUGCCCUAUCAACAGCAGCAUCGGCCACAACAACAUCAACAAGGCCAGACACAGCCGCCUCAUCGUCUGCCAUUAAACUCUCCAGUAUCAUGGCCCUCUAACGAUCGAGAGUUCAAGCGCAUGUCAAAUUCUAAACUUGUCCUGGAACGAUCAUUUGACCCGAAUGAACAGGACAUCUUUGAUGACUACUAA